AUGGCUCAACGUCAACUUUCGCGCACUCUUCCGAAGAACUUUACCUUCUCCCUCGGCGACAAUGAACCCAAGACUCCCGAGCGCCCUAGUACAACUAUGAAUGUGCCUCCACCACCUCGACACUCAAUCUCCAGUUGCCGCCUGCCCAGAGUUCGGGCUCGCGCCGGUACUAAUGUCUGCGCUCGCAUGGACAUGGAUAUGUUCCAAUUCCACGGCUCUGAUGUUCCCCUGCCUUCAAUUGAAGUACCCCAAUCGACUACUGACCUCGAGCCGCCUUCAUGCCGUGAUUUCGCCAACGAUAAGGGAUAUCUUGCGCCUCCUCGCACGCGAAGAGAUUUUAAAACGCCACCUGCGCAGAUUCGCGGCACACCUUUCGACUCCUGCGACACUGAAUACCCGUGGCCCUCGUGGGACCAGACACCUGGCCCAAACAACAUCAAACGCCCAGACUCGGCCUGCUCGAGUUUGUCAAAUUCCUCAAUUGAAUCCAUUGAAACGUUCGCAUCGCGACCAUCUGUAGGAAGUUUCACCAGUGUCGAAAGCGAUCUAUUUGACUCGUACUUCCCUUUGGAGAUGUCCAAAGAACCUGAGAUUGAGUCACCUUCGCGACCUCAGAAGCAGUCAGCGAAUAUCAAAGUGACCAAGAAGUCCUGGACUCGCGAAAUGGAUACCCACUUAUGGAAUACCUAUCAAAUCUACCUCCAGGACCCUACCAUGACUCCAUUCAAGAUGACCCCUGGCAGUAUUCCCCCUUUGGGAGUCACUUCGCGUGUUGCGCGACGCGCCAAGAAGACAUGGGGGCAAAAGAGCAGUCGCAUUGUUGAAUCUGUCUCUAUGAAGUCUGUUGAUCCUCUUGGAAUUUCUACACCGAAGCCUAUGGACGAAGGGUUGCAACCAGCCUGGCCCAAGUCUGACUCCAAGACUCGGCGACGCCUCAAGAUGUUAUGUCGACGCAAAUUCUCAAUCUCUCCCCACUAUCAGCGCAUCAUGCAAUCUCGCACACCUGAGCCUGUCACGGAGAUGUUCGCCCCUCCUACGGACACUCGCGUUAAAGACUUCGCUGAUAACUCGGCAUACACUACUCGUGAUCUCGGCAUUUCUCUUGUCACCUCCGAGCCGACUCCACUUUCUCAGGUUACACAAGACCUGCCAUUGGCUACGCACUGGUUUAACAACCCUGUGUCUGCUAAUGUUGAACCACCAGUGGCCAAGAAUCAUAGUCAACAUCUCCGUGUCGAAUCUGCCCCUAACAUCCCUCGUCUGGGGUCUCCAUUUGUGUACAGUACUUGGGGCCCCGGUGGUUCAAGCCGUCAGAUGCAUGAUCUCAAUGCUCGACGUGAGACUGUUCAUGUUCCGGGUUAUCGUGCCCGUCGCAACACAUACUUGGACCAGUCUUUGCCCGAUACUGACGAUGUAUUCGCGAGCGUAUCCAGGGAACAAACGAACCCUUCCGAUCAAGAAGUUGAACGCCGCCUGGAGGACUAUGUUCGUGGUAACAAGUUCCAAGACAUGGGCCAUGGUCGGGUCCGCAUUCGCAACCGUGGAGCUACCACUAGCGCUGUUAACCCGAGAGAUAUGGACCAGCUUUUCUCUCCGCCCUCGUCCCUCAACUCAGGCCCAAUUGAACCCGAGGAGACUACACCUGUUCUGAAGCCGCCUAUGAACCCAUUGUUGGACCUUGGCGAGAAUAUCAAACGUCUUGGGUCACCCUUCCGGAUUGAAGGAGGAUUCAGACGUCGCGAAGCCCCGAAGCGAGUCACUAGACAAGCACCUGCGCUGUCUGAUCCGUUCGUGAGCGGUGGCCCUUCACGUACCGGACUUGACGACAGCACUUCUCCUAUGCAGGUUUCUCCUACCCAAAUUCAGGAUAAAGCCCUGGCUCCUUUGCCAUAUAAUGCCUCAGAGGAUGGCCUUUCUGAUGCUGAGCGCAUCCGCCGGCAAAUCUUGAAUAUGCCUUUCACACGCAACUAG